AUUUCUUAGAGCAGAGAGGGUGAUCAGCUGUCUGAUCUCGGUCGGUGGAUAAACAGUAACUGAGGGAUUUUGGAAAGAGACACUUAGAGCUCUGCAGAGAAUCUCCCAAGAACAUUUAAAAAUGUUAAUAAUACAUGACCAUGCUGGAGUCCUCUGAGGACAUAAAGACUGAAAACGUCUCUCUCUGUCUCUCUGCCACAGAAGUGUAUCAGGGCUUGUGAUUGUCGCCGUGCCUCUUCCUUUCCCUCUGCGUUGAAAGAAUUCUAUUAUUCACAGUGAUAUAGUUAACCUAAAUACAAAUCUCCAAAGUCUUCUGAUCAGCCUGUCUUCAUCAUAUCCAACUACUCCACCAUCGUCUCCUAACCGGCUAUAUUGAGAUGAGGGAAGGAAGAAAACAAGCGGUUGAAGGUCUUGUCGUGGUUCCAGGACUAUUCGGUAGUGAGCCAGCACCGGGACCGUGCUCCUAUUCUCAGCUCCACUUCUUUGUCAGCUUAACAAAGCCACUAGCCACAAAGGGACCCUUCCAUGAAGACUGAGGCAGGCAUCGUAGCUGCUGAGAAGAGCCUGCUGACAUGACAUCGGCCACGGAGUUUGAAAACGUGGGCAACCAGCCACCGUACAGCCGGAUCAAUGCCCGGUGGGAUGCCCCUGACGACGAGCUGGAUAAUGACAACAGCUCUGCCAGGCUCUUUGAGAGGUCCCGGAUCAAGGCAUUGGCAGAUGAGCGGGAAGUUGUGCAGAAGAAGACUUUCACAAAAUGGGUCAACUCCCACCUGGCUCGCGUGUCCUGCCGCAUCACCGAUCUCUACAAGGACCUGCGGGAUGGGCGGAUGCUCAUCAAGCUGCUGGAGGUGCUCUCGGGAGAGAUGCUGCCAAGGCCCACCAAGGGGAAGAUGCGCAUCCACUGCCUGGAGAAUGUGGACAAGGCCCUGCAGUUCCUCAAGGAGCAGCGCGUGCACCUGGAGAACAUGGGCUCCCACGACAUCGUGGAUGGCAACCACCGCCUGGUCCUGGGCCUCAUCUGGACCAUCAUCCUCCGCUUCCAGAUUCAGGACAUUGUUGUCCAAACUCAGGAAGGCCGUGAGACACGCUCAGCCAAGGAUGCUCUGCUGUUGUGGUGCCAGAUGAAGACGGCAGGCUACCCCCAUGUCAACGUCACCAACUUCACCUCCAGCUGGAAGGAUGGCCUGGCCUUUAACGCCCUGAUACACAAGCACCGGCCUGACCUCAUCGACUUUGACAAGUUGAAGGACUCCAAUGCCCGGCACAACCUGGAGCACGCAUUUGACGUGGCCGAGCGCCAGCUAGGCAUCAUCCCGCUCCUCGACCCCGAAGAUGUCUUCACAGAAAACCCUGAUGAGAAAUCCAUCAUCACCUACGUGGUGGCAUUUUACCACUACUUCUCCAAGAUGAAGGUGCUGGCGGUGGAGGGCAAGCGCGUCGGCAAGGUCAUCGACCACGCCAUCGAGACUGAGAAGAUGAUUGAGAAGUACAGCGAGCUGGCCUCGGACCUGCUCACGUGGAUCGAGCAGACCAUCGUCGUCCUGAAUAGCCGCAAGUUUGCCAACUCGCUGGCUGGCGUCCAGCAGCAGCUGCAGGCCUUCAGCACCUACCGCACCGUGGAGAAGCCGCCCAAGUUUCAGGAGAAGGGGAAUCUGGAAGUUCUACUUUUUACCAUCCAGUCCCGGAUGCGAGCCAACAAUCAGAAAGUGUACACACCGCACGAUGGGAAACUAGUCUCUGACAUCAACCGGGCCUGGGAGAGCCUGGAGGAGGCUGAGUACCAGCGGGAACUGGCCCUGAGGAGCGAGCUCAUCCGCCAGGAGAAGCUGGAGCAGCUGGCCCGGCGCUUUGACCGGAAGGCCGCCAUGAGAGAGACGUGGCUCAGUGAGAACCAGCGCCUUGUGACGCAGGAUAAUUUCGGGUAUGACCUGGCAGCGGUGGAGGCUGCCAAGAAGAAGCACGAGGCCAUCGAGACGGACACUGCUUCCUACAAGGAGCGGGUGAAGGCCCUGGAGGACCUGGCCCAGGAGCUGGAGAAGGAGAAUUACCAUGACCAGAAGCGCAUCCUGGCCCGCAAGGACAACAUCCUGCGCCUGUGGAGCUACCUGCUGGAGCUGCUGCAGUCCCGGCGCCAGAGGCUCCAAGCCACCCUGGAGCUGCAGAAGCUCUUCCAGGACAUGCUGCACAGCAUCGACUGGAUGGACGAGAUCAAGGCUCUCCUCUUGUCAGCCGAGUUUGGGAAGCACCUGCUGGAGGCUGAGGAUUUGCUCCAGAAGCACAAGUUGAUGGAAGCUGACAUCGCCAUCCAAGGGGACAAGGUGAAGGCCAUCACCGCGGCCACCCUGCCGUUCAUUGAGAGCACAGGGUACCAGCCUUGCGAUCCCCAGGUCAUCAAGGACCGAGUCAGCCACCUGCAGCAGUGCUUUGAGGAGCUGAGUGACAUGGCGGCCGGGCGGAAGGCGCAGCUGGAGCAAUCAAAGCGGCUCUGGAAGUUCUUCUGGGAGAUGGAUGAAGCUGAGAGCUGGAUCAAGGAGAAGGAGCAGAUCUACUCCUCCCUGGACUACGGCAAGGACCUGACCAGCGUGCUCAUCUUGCAGCGCAAGCACAAGGCCUUUGAGGACGAGCUCCGAGGGCUGGAUGCCCACCUGGGGCAGAUCUUCCAGGAAGCCGAGGGCAUGAUUGCACGCAAGCAGUUUGGGUACCCUCAGAUCGAGGCCCGCAUGAAGGAGGUGUUGGCCCAGUGGGACCAGCUGAAGGAGCUGGCUGCCUUUCGGGAGAAGAACCUCCGGGAUGCGGAGAACUUCUUCCAGUUCCACGGUGAUGCGGAUGACUUGAAGGCCUGGCUACAAGAUGCCCACCGGCUACUCUCAGGUGAGGAUGUGGGCCAGGAUGAAGGGGCCACGCGGGCCCUGGAGAAGAAGCACAGGGACUUUCUGGAGGAGCUGGAGGAGAGCCGUGGGGUGAUGGAGCACUUGGAGCAACAGGCCCGGGGCUUCCCUGAAGAGUUCCGGGAUUCCCCGGAUGUGACCAAUCGGCUGCAGGCCCUCCAAGAGCUCUACCAGCGGGUGGUGGCCCAGGCAGACUUGCGUAGACAAAGGCUACAGGAAGCUCUGGACCUGUACACGGUAUUUGGGGAGUCGGACGCCUGCCAGCUGUGGAUGAGGGAGAAGGAGAAGUGGCUGGCCCAGAUGGACAUUCCAGACACCUUGGAGGACCUGGACGUUGUACAGCACAGGUUCGACAUCCUCGACCAGGAGAUGAAGACUUUGGAGGCUCAGAUCAACGGCGUGAACCUCGCUGCCAACAACCUGAUGGAGAGCGGCCACCCCCGCAGCAGAGAAGUGAAGACGUACCAGGACAGCCUGAACACCAGGUGGCAGGCCUUCCAGGACUUGGUAUCACAGCGGAGGGAGGCAGUGAACUCAGCCCUCCGGGUGAACAACUACUGCGUGGACUGCGAAGAGACCGGCAAGUGGAUAACGGACAAGACGGCAGUCGUGGAGUCUAUAAAGGACCUGGGGCAGGACCUGGCAGGCAUCAUCACCAUCCAGAGGAAGUUGUCAGGGUUGGAACGUGACGUUGCGGCCAUCCAGGACCGAGUAGGGACCUUGAAGCGUGAGUCAGAGCAGCUGAUGGAGUCGCACCCUGAGCAGAAGGAUGACAUUGGCCAGCGAUAUGCAGGUGUUGAGAAGCUGUGGGAAACCUUGCAAGAGGCCCUGAAGGACCAGGAGGCCUCCCUAGGCGAAGCCAGCAAGCUGCAGGGCUUCCUGCAGAAUCUGGAUGACUUCCAGGCCUGGCUGUCCAUGGCACAGAAGGCUGUGGCCUCUGAGGACAUGCCCGAGUCACUCCCAGAGGCCGAGCAGCUCCUGCAGCAGCACGCGGCCCUCAAGGAUGAGAUUGACGGUCACCAGGAAAGCUACCAGCAGAUCCGGGCCUCUGGGGAGAAGGUGAUCGAGCAGUUCCUACAGCAGCACGCAGCCAUCAAGCAGGAGAUCGACAGUCACCAAGAGGGUUACCAGCCGCCCGCAGCCUCUGGGGAGGAGGCGACCGAAGCCCACAAGUACCCGGAGUAUCAGCUCCUGGGCCAGCGGCUGGAGGGCCUGGGUACUGGCUGGGAUGCCCUGUGCCGGAUGUGGGAGAGUCGUGGCCACUCUCUCAGGCAAUGCCGUGGCUUCCAGGAGUUCCAGAAGGAUGCCAAGCAGGCUGAAGCCAUCCUCAGCAACCAGGAGUAUACUCUGGCUCACGUGGAGCCCCCAGACUCCCUUGCAGCCGCAGAGGCUGGGAUCCGGAAGUUUGAGGAUUUCUUGACGUCUAUGGAGAACAACAAGGACAAGGUCUUGAGUCCUGUGGACUCUGGAAACAAGCUGGUAGCUGAGGGGAACCUGUACGCGGACAAGAUCAAGGAGAAGGUGCAGCUGAUAGAAGACAGGCACCAGAAGAACAACCAGAAGGCCCAGGAGGCCUCGGUUGCCCUGCAAGACAAUCUGGAGCUACAGCACUUCCUCCAGAACUGCCAGGAGCUCACUCUCUGGAUCAAUGACAAGCUGCUGACAUCUCUGGACGUCUCCUACGAUGAAACACGCAACCUUCACAACAAAUGGCUGAAGCACCAGGCUUUUCUGGCCGAGCUGGCCUCGCACCAAGGGUGGCUUGAGAACAUCGACGCGGAAGGGAAGCAGCUGAUGGAGGAGAAGCCCUGGUUCAAGAUCAGGGUGUGCGACAGGCUGGACGCCUUGCACCGGCUCUGGGAUGAGCUGCAGGACACCACCAAGAAGGCGACCCAAGAGCUCUCAAAGGCCAGGAGCUCUGACCUGCGCUUGCAGACGGAAGCUGACCUCAACAAGUGGAUCAGCGCCAUGGAGGACCAGCUGCGAUCAGAUGACCUGGGCAAGGACCUGACCAGUGUCAACCGGAUGUUGGCUAAAUUGAAGCGAGUGGAGGACCAAGUGUACGUGCGUAAGGAGGAGCUGGAGGAGCUGUUCGGAUCGUUGGAAGAAGAAGCAGACCUGAGUGUCGAGAAGCGGUUCUUGGACCUCCUGGAACCACUGGGGAGGAGGAGGAAGCAGCUGGAAUUAUCCAGAGCCAAGCUGCAGAUCAGCCGGGACCUAGAGGAUGAGACGCUCUGGGUGGAGGAGAGGCUGCCGCUGGCCCAGUCAGCAGACUGUGGUGCUAAUCUGCAGACCGUGCAGCUAUUCAUGAAGAAGAACCAGACGCUGCAGAAUGAGGUCCAGGGCCAUGCACCGCGGGUGGAGGAUGUGCUACAGCGAGGGAAACAGCUGGUGCUGGCAGCAGAGACCGACCUCCAGGACAUCGAGGAGCGCCUGGGGCACCUGCAGUCCUCCUGGGACACACUGCGGCAGGCAGCAGUCGGGCGCGGGCAGCGCCUGCGGGACGCCCAUGAGGCGCAGCAGUACUACCUGGACGCGGACGAGGCCGAGGCCUGGAUCAGCGAGCAGGAGCUCUACAUCUUCUCCGAUGAGCCCCCCAAGGAUGAAGAGGGCGCCAUCGUGAUGCUGAAACGGCACCUGCGGCUGCAGCGCACGGUGGAGGAGUACGGGAGGAACAUCAAGCAGCUGGCCAGCCGGGCCCGGAGCCUGCUGGCUGCAGGCCACCCUGAGGGGGAACAGAUUAUCAGACAUCAAGGGCAAGUGGACAAGCAGUAUGCCGGGCUGAAGGACAUGGCCGAGGAACGCAGGCGGAAGCUGGAGAACAUGUACCACCUGUUCCAGCUGAAGAGGGAGGCCGACGACCUGGAGCAGUGGAUCACAGAAAAGGAGAAGGUGGCCUCUGACCAGGAGAUGGGGCAAGACUUUGACCACGUGACUAUGCUCAGAGACAAGUUCCGAGACUUUGCCCGGGAGACUGGGGCGAUCGGGCAGGAGCGGGUGGACAACGUGAAUGCCAUCAUCGAGCGGCUCAUUGACGCCGGGCACAGCGAGGCAGCCACCAUCGCCGAGUGGAAGGACGGGCUGAACGACAUGUGGGCGGACCUGCUGGAGCUCAUCGACACGCGCAUGCAGCUGCUGGCGGCCUCCUAUGACCUGCACCGCUACUUCUACACGGGCGCCGAGAUCCUAGGCCUCAUCCACGAGAAGCACCGGGAGCUGCCCGAGGACGUGGGGCUGGACGCCAGCACGGCCGAGUCCUUCCACCGCGUGCACACCGCCUUCGAGCGGGAGCUCCACCUGCUGGGCGUGCAGGUGCAGCAGUUCCAGGACGUGGCCACGCGCUUGCAGACGGCCUACGCUGGGGAGAAGGCAGAUGCCAUCCAGAGCAAGGAGCAGGAGGUGUCUGCUGCCUGGCAGGCACUUCUCGACGCCUGUGCCGGGCGCCGGACCCAGCUAGUGGACACGGCCGACAAAUUCCGCUUCUUCAGCAUGGUCCGGGACCUCCUCUCCUGGAUGGAGAGCAUCAUCCGGCAGAUUGAGACCCAGGAGAAGCCCAGGGAUGUGUCCUCUGUGGAACUGCUCCUGAAGUAUCACCAGGGCAUCAAGGCAGAGAUCAACACCCGGGCCAAGAACUUCAACACCUGCCUGGAGCUCGGGGAGUCCCUGCUGCAGCGGCAGCACCAGGCCUCGGAGGAGAUCCGCGAGAAACUGCAGCAGAUGAUGGCCAAGCGGCUAGAGAUGGACAAGAAGUGGGAGGACCGGGAUGACCGGCUCCGCAUGUUGCUCGAGGUGUGCCAGUUCUCAAGGGACGCCUCUGUGGCCGAAGCGUGGCUGAUCGCCCAGGAGCCCUACCUGGCCAGCCGGGACUACGGGCACACGGUGGACAGCGUGGAGAAGCUGAUCAGGAGGCACGAGGCCUUCGAGAAAUCCACGGCCACCUGGGCAGAGCGCUUCGCCGCCCUGGAGAAGCCCACCACGCUGGAGCUUAAAGAACAACGCCAGUCCCCAGAGAGACCCACAGAGGAGCCUGGGCCUCAAGAGGAGGAAGGCGAGACGGCGGGGGAGGCUCCCCAAGCCUACCGAGCGACCACCACCGAGAGAACGUCCCCGGGGGAAGAAGAGCAGGCACGGCCUCAGGACCUGCAGCCGGGAGCCCCGCCGGGGCAGCAGGAGGACGGGCAGCAGGACAAGUCCGUCGGGGAUGACGGGCCCGCCUCGGAGCCCCUCUGUAAGGUCCUGGACACGCCUCUGAGUGAAGGCGACGAGCCCACAACGCUGCCGGCCCAGCUGGAGCACGGGCACAGCGUUCAGAUGGAGGGCUACCUGGGCCGCAAGCACGACCUGGAGGGGCCCAACAAGAAGGCAUCCAACAGGUCCUGGAACAACCUCUACUGCGUGCUCAGGAACAGCGAGCUGACCUUCUACAAGGAUGCCAAGAACCUGGCUCUGGGGGUGCCCUACCACGGGGAGGAGCCCCUGGCCCUGAGGCACGCCAUCUGCGAGGUUGCAGCCAACUACAAGAAGAAGAAGCACGUCUUCAAGCUGAGGCUGAGCAACGGCAGCGAGUGGCUCUUCCACGGCAAGGAUGAGGAGGAGAUGCUGUCCUGGCUGCAGGGCGUGAGCACGGCCAUCAGCGAGUCCCAGAGCAUCCGCGUCAAGGCCCAGAGCCUGCCCCUGCCCUCCCUCACCGGGCCCGAGGUCAGCCUCGGCAAGAAGGACAAGGAGAAGAGAUUCAGCUUCUUCCCCAAAAAGAAGUAGCCGCGGGCGGCCCCGCGGGUGUGGACGCGCAGGGACCCGCCGCCCGUCCUCCCCGCCUGCGCCUGCCCUGCUCCCGCCCGCCCGCGGGCCGCUGCACUGCUGCGCCGGCCAGCACGCCCACCCCGCCCCGCGAAGCUGGAGCAGGCUACGGGGCUCCUCGAGCUGCCCAGUCCCCAGCAAGCCUUGCUCGGGGUUAUGCCCACCUGGUCACAGCCAGAGACAGGGGAAGGGAAGAGGGACUUGGGGCGACUGACCUGUCCACGAGGGCAGGGUGCUGCUGGGGACUGAGGGAACAAGGGACGCGGGCCUGGGGUGCGGCCAUCCGCCUCCCCACUGGGCUUCCUCAGAAGGGACUCGCUCCUCAGGGCCUGCGUGCGCCUUCCUCUCUCCUCAGGGGCACAGCCCCCUGCCCCGUUCAUGGGUCCCGAGGGAAGAGCCUCCUGCUGCCCCAGCACCCGUGGGAGGAGGAAGGACCAGCAGCUCUCAAACCAUUCCUCCAGAAGCCCUGGGCUCGGAAGGGAAGGAGGGACAGACGGGUCCCGACACUGCCGAAGGCACAGCCUGCGGCCGUACCCAGUAGCAGCCCAACCAGCAAUAGCCAGCAGGCGCAGGGCCCCCAGGGAGCGGCGUGGGCCCCGGUACAAGACGGGCACCCCAGUGCUGGAGGAAAGCAUCCCAGAGCAAGAGCCUGCUGUGUCCUGCCUGUCUGCAGCCACUACACCCAGGAGUACCAACCGGGCAGAGAGCAGACUUAGCACCUGGCAUGGCAAAUGUGGCCACACCUAGGUAUCACCACCACUACUAGCCCGUCUACCACGACAGCUAGGGUUAGCGCUGGGGCCGGAGCAGAGGGUGUGGCCCUUCUUGAUCAGCUUCUCCUGCAGGCCUGGCCUAGGGUUCUGGGGGUCACUUACAGAGGUCGCCAAACACCUACCACCCCCAUAUCCGAGCUCCGAAAGGGAUACUUCAGUCUGUGCUCAGACGGAGAUGUGCCCAUGCUUCUGGAAGGGGACCCACCGGGCCCCUUAGUGCUGACCAGGGCUCCACAGACUUCCCCUGCCACGACUCCGAGCCAGUGUCAGCAUCUUCCCUGGGCCAUAGCCAAGAGGGGCCAUGCUGGGGGCAGCAGGUGUGCUCUCCAAGGGAGGCCGUGAGGGUCCCCAAGGCGCACGGCCAGUUUCUGUGGCCCCCCCGUAGGAAGCAGGCUGUGUGGGGAUGAACUGGGUGAGGCUGAAGAAGACACGGGGGUGGGGGGCACCCAGGUAUGGGCCCUCUCGGGAGCCCCUUACUGCGGGCCUGGGCUGCAGCCCUGACGCUGUCAGUGACCCCAGUUCCAGCAGACAGGAAGCCCAGGAGGGAAGCUCUCUAGUGGAAACUGACAUCCCAGAUCCCGGGCGUUUCACCUCCACAGCCAGGGGCCCAGGGUCUUCCUUUGGCCCCAGCUGUAGGACCCUGUAGUCCUCUGCAUCUACAGGGAACCUUGUUUGUGGCAAAAACCAGGAAAACCAAGGCAAGAGGCAGGGAGGUGACAGCGCGCCCCUGUGCGUUUGCGCGCAUGUCCACCCCUAGGGCAGACAGAGGGCUUCCUGCUGAAGGGCGGAAGGUGGCGAGCAGCUCUCGGGGCUGUUCCCCUGGGCCAGUCUUUAGGGAGCCAAGUACAAGGGCCCACCCCGUCCCCUCCGAGUGUGCCCAAGUAGCACCCGAAGAGAGGCAUUCCCAGCAGCUGACACCGCAGAGCCAAGACACUGAGCUCCAAAGGCAGAGCUGGGACUUAGCGCCCCAAGUCCCCUAGACUGGGCAAGGGCAGCCAGCUGCAUGUGACCCACCACCUCCUGCCAGCUCCCCACGCAUCCCGCCACGUCACCCAGGCCCCAAGACACUCGACCAACCGGACUGACACCGCAGGCGCCCACCCCUGGGAGACCCUGUGCCACUCUAGGGCUAGGCUCUCCUGGUGCCCCCGCAAGGCACCUCUUCCUUCCUCUAUCCCCCCCAUUACAUUUUCUACUCUGCAGUCUUUUCCGUACAGUAUUCCCAAACUAGGUUGGCACAGCCCCAGUCCACACCAGCAUAACGGGCUUCCUCCCCAAGCAGGCUAGAGGAAACUCCUCCAGGCAUGAUCAGGCGGCCCUCCUUCCUCUCUCCUUCCCUGUCUCUGGUCUCAGCUGACUCUGGCUGAGGGCGGAACUGGAGGCGCCUGGGGCUCCCAGCCCCACCUACCUCCACCAGCGAGGUAUCACAAGGAGGCCUGUGUCGGGCUCGGCUUCCCCUCUACCCUGCUCCUCUCUAUGGAAGCACAGCCAGGUCCCCUAGGCCAAUCCCGGGUCCCCUUCCUCCCUUGGUGGGAGGAGGCAGGGAUCCAGAGGAGGAUGAGGCCAGCAGGCCACAUGGCUUGGUCCCUUGGUCAAGCAAGCUCAGGGAGGACGCGAAAGAGGUGAGCACAGUGGAAUGCACCCCUGUUGGACAAACCAUGUCAUCUGGGGCUGGCCCUGGGGCCGGCUGGGCCUUGUCCUCUACCUGCUCAAACGUGCUUCCACCAAACCAGAGGACACUCAUUUACUAGUUUUUCUAAUAAAUCAAUAAUGCUCUA